AGAGAAGUAUCGAUACUUGUCCCGUGACGUCAUAAAGCCAAUAUGGCAGAACCACACUUACGAUUAGCUGCCUGCACCACUGUGAUCUGAAGUGGGCAGAAGGGCUGAGGGGCAACUAUGUCAGAUUAUUUCAGAUCUGCCCUUGGCUAUUUAAACGGAGGAACAAAUUCCGACGAAUACGUUGGCCAGACAAUUGAAAUCAACAAUGUAAAGCUACGGGUGACGCGACUGCUUGCCGAGGGUGGAUGGGCAAUGGUCUAUGCUGUAGAGGAUGUGGCAACGGGAAAAGAAUAUGCUCUAAAGAAACUCAUCGCUGUUGAUGAUGAGGCUAAUCGCAUAAUCAUUCAAGAAAUAGAUACCCUGAAAAAAUUAUCAGGCCAUCAAAAUAUUAUACAAUACUUAUGCGCUCAGCGAGUUCAGCGAGAGGAUCAAAAAAGCUGUGAAUACUUAUUGGUAACAGAAUUAUGCAACGGAGGAACGACAGCCGAUCUUCUGCGAAAUGUUGCUGCGAAUACUCUGACUCUGCCUCAAAUAUGUCGUAUAGCUUACCAAGCGACAAGAGCCAUUCACCACAUGCAUGCUCAACCAGAGCCGAUUAUACAUAGAGACAUAAAACUAGAAAAUUUUUUAAUUGGAGCUAAUGGCCUGAUAAAAUUAUGUGACUUUGGAAGCGUUACUACUCAGCAAAUAUUACCCGACGUCUCUUGGAGCGCGCAGAGACGUUCUAUGCUUGAAGAGCAAAUGGCAAAGUUUACAACGCCAAUGUAUAGAGCUCCUGAGAUUAUGGAUACAUGGAAUAAUGAGCCCAUAGGUCCCCCAGUCGACUGUUGGGCCCUUGGAUGUGUACUUUAUGCUCUUGUUACUCUGCGACAUCCAUUUCCAGAUAGUAACAAACUGGCUAUAGUGAAUGCAAGGUAUCCUCCGCUUCCGCCCAACCCACGUCUGGCCUGUUUUCAUGAUCUCAUAAAAGGGUGCCUGCAGUCUUCACCUGUUCAACGAAUGACAACUGCUACAUUGCUGGAACGUCUUGCUGCUAUUGCCGAGUCCAAUUCUUUUGACCCGCGGGAAUCAGCCAACAUUGAGCCCCUUACUGCAGCCAAACCUUCGCCACCUCCGAGACCCAUGCCCCCGCCAGUCGUUCCUCCACCUAGGCCCUCUCCACCUCCAGCAGUCCCUCCGUCGAGACCUCCUCCAGCUCAACCUUUGCCUUCCAGGUCAGCAGCUGCCCCACCUUCUGGUUUGUUUAGCUCAUUACGAGGAGGAGCAGGAAGCAUUCUUCGAAAUUUAAAGGAUACUUCAAAUAAGGUGAUGCAAACGGUUCAGCAGAGUAUGGCAAGGACAGAGCUAGAUGCGAGCUACUUGACGUCUCGCAUAUUGAUCAUGCCAUACCCGGCAGAUGGAAUUGAAUCUGCAUAUCGAUCUAACCACGUCGAAGAUGUUAGAGCUUUUCUUCAAGCUAGACAUCCACCCCCGGCUAAAAUACAACUGUACAACUUAUCCAGGGGACGACCAAACUCAGCUAGACUACCAGGGAAGCACAUCGAUUGCUCUUUUGUCUUUGCUGCUCCCGAAUCAAACACUCCGCUUCUAUCAGCUCUCUACCAACUAUGCCAAGACAUAUAUCGAUAUUUAGAUGCUGAUUUUAAUCACGUUGUCGUUAUAUAUUGCACAGAUGGCUAUCGUGCAAGUGCUACAGUUGCAUGUGCUCUGCUUCUCUAUUCCGGAGCAUUGGCAACAUGCGAAGAAGCUAUAGCAUUAUUUACGACUCGUCGUUGUCAGGCUCCAUUGAUGCAACCAUCAGAACUUCGAAGUCUAUACUACAUGAAAUCACUCGCUCAAGGAAUCUGUCCACAUACCAAACCAAUUUCACUACGAUCUCUCCUGCUGCAGCCAGUGCCUCUUUUUACUCGGGCACGAGAUGGUUGCCGCCCUUAUGUAGAAAUUUACAGUGGAGGGACAUUGGUAUUUUCAACCCGACGACCUGAUUAUGAGGAUAUGAAAUUAUUUGGUGUCAUGGAAGGAAAAGUAGUUCUAGUAUUGGGAGAUGCAAUGGUGAAAGGAGAUGUCACUGUCGCCGUUUUUCACGCUCGACAACAGUUGGGACGAAUUAUGGGUAUCAAAAUUGCAUCCAUUCAAUUUCAUACGGGAUACAUAUCAUCGGAAGAAAGUGUCAUGAUUUUCGAAAAACCGGACCUUGAUGACGUCCCGGAUCUCGGGGGAAGAUUCAAAGUCACCCUGAACAUAAGCGUAAUCGAUGGUCCUGUAAAAUCUAUUGCUGCUCCUGCUCCGUGGGAUGAAGAUUCAUCUUCAAAACCUAUCCCCGACCCGCUGUUUGGUUCCACUCUUGAAAUGGAAGAAACUCUCGAAAAUUUCCGAACAAAUGUACCCACGGCGGAAAUCUCUCAACAAAUCCCUGCAGCUCAAUUAUCAGUUGAGAAUCCUAAUGAGAGUGAGUGCUACGAGGCUCUACCUCAAGAGGAAGUUCAAACCGAAGAACCUAAAUUCUUUGAAGCAGAUUUAUUAAAUUUAGGCAUGCCAGAUACUAGUGUACCUGCACCGCCGGCACCAGCGUCUGCUCCUACUAUAGUAAAUCCCGAUUUGAACAUAUUUUCCAGCGACGGUAAAGGAACUGGCGAUUUACUCGGAGGCUUUGCUGACUUCAGCCAAGCGGAAAUAAUAAAUACUGAGGCUCUUACCAAUUCUUCUACAGGAAGUAAUUUACUGUUUGAACAAAAUCAGCAGGGUAAAUCAUCUACAAGUGAUCUACUAUUCGAUCCACUCCAUGGUAGUGGAAAUGCUGAUCUUUUAGGUGGAUGGGUUGGCUCAGGAGCAACUAGUCCAAGUAUUGAAGAAAAUUUUCCACGGAAUGCGAGUACACCAAAUUUUGCAGCGCAGACCAAAGAUCCGUUUGCCAAUUUAGCAGGAUCAUUAGGUGCAGGAUUAAACUCCAGCUGGAGUGGCACACCGCGAGAUUCAAGCACACCACAGUCAGCAAGUCCAGCUGCAGGUAGCACGCCCGUACAUUCUAGCCCUCGAAUUCAAAAGCCCCCACCGCCGAGUGAUUCAGGAGGAAAUGAUACUGGUGUAUUCAGCACUAAGCCUGCAAAAGCUGCUGGAGAUGCUUUUGGAGAUUUGUUGGGUAGUCAGGGGUAUAAUUUCUUCAGCACGAGACGUGCAGAGAAGGAAAGUCCGAAGACAAUAAAUGAAAUGCGUAAAGUUGAAGCUGCAAAGACGAUGGAUCCUGAUAGACUAAAAAUUGCUGAAUGGACAGAAGGCAAGAAAGGAAAUCUAAGAGCCCUUCUCUGCUCUUUGCAUACUGUUCUAUGGCCAGAAGCAGAGAGAUGGCAGCGUUGUGAAAUGCAUCAGCUUGUUACUGCUGCAGAUGUUAAGAAAUCAUAUCGCCGAGCUUGUCUUGCGGUGCAUCCUGAUAAGCAAGCUGGAACAGCGAAUGAGAAUAUAGCAAAGCUGAUCUUCAUGGAGUUGAAUAACGCUUGGAGUACGUUUGAAAAUGACGCUGCGCAACAAAAUCUGUUUAGUUAAUUAUAGCAAUUGAUAUUAAUUGUUAAUAAUUAGUCCGUAUCUUCUUCAACUACGAUACUUUAAUAAUCAACUAGAUUAAUGAUAUUCUGCUACUUGUAAGAUAUUCUCGUCUUUAUUGCAUUCCGAUAUCGUAGGCUUACAGUUAAUCGUAAUGUAUAACAGCCAAUCACAAGAAAAUAUCUACUCAAACAUACAUUGCCUAAGCGACUUCAUUAUUCAAAUCCUGAAUAAUGAUAACAGAUGUAAUUCCUGACUAAAAGAAGAGACAAGAUGAAACUAUUACGUAACGUGUAUAUAUGACAGUGUAAAUUAAACUUAAAUCCAAAUGUAAA